AAGCCUGAGAGCCUGAAACGUGGACAUUGAACUACGUAACCAAUGUCCACGAUUCUGUAGUGUCUACGAUUGCAUGGUUCUUAUUCGUGCUAUGUCCAUGAUUUUGUGAACGGUUUUGUUCCGUACUGUAUGCAGAAGUGACAGUUAGCUAGCUAAAGAGGGACGAUCAAUCUCUGUCCAUCCUUGUCUUACAAAAUCGUGGACGUUAUCUACAGGAUCAUGGACAUUUAGCUACGUAGUUCGAUGUCCAUGUUUUUAUGGACAUAGAGGCGCUUCAAAAUAAAGUUACAGCUAAAUCGCGGGCAUGUCCGCUCUCAGGCGACUCCCUGAUACAAGGCUUAAAUCCCAUGUUCCCUCGGGUUGUCCACCGCUCAUUUCAGACCGCUUGUAGUCGCAUGCAGGCACGCGGACGAUUUGUGUGCGGCGAUGAAGUAAUGGAGUGUAAUGGAGUAAUCCGAGAAAACCAUAAUUCAUCCAUUGCUAUUCACAAUCGUUCCGCCGGUACCAUUGAUGACACGUGGUGCGACGCGUCCGUUAUGGGAAGUACGGAUACCACGACGAAAUUGUUGAACGAUAAUCACGAGAUCGACGAUCAUGAGUAUGGGACUAACCUAAAGAUUCUACCCUGCAACAACCAGGUGAAAGAGUUGCAAACCAUUUUGCGAGAUAAGAAUACUACAAGGAGUGAUUUCAAGUUUUAUGCUGAUCGUUUGAUCAGACUAGUUAUUGAAGAGAGUUUGAACCAAUUACCUUUUACAAAAUGUGUGGUGACAACUCCAACUGGUGCCAAAUACAAAGGGUUAAAGUAUCAGAAGGGAAAUUGUGGUGUAUCUAUAGUGAGAAGUGGAGAAGCUAUGGAACAGGGUCUAAGAGAUUGUUGUCGUAGUAUCAGAAUUGGUAAGAUAUUGGUAGAGAGUGAUGCAGAUACUCAUGAAGCUAGAGUAGUUUAUGCUAAAUUCCCAGAUGAUAUAUCUGAGAGAAAAGUCUUAUUGAUGUAUCCAAUCAUGAGUACAGGAAAUACUGUCAUAAAAGCCAUAGCUGUACUAAAAGAACAUAAUGUACUCGAAGAAAAUAUCAUCUUAUCAAAUUUAUUUUGUACACCGAUUGCAGCCAAAUCUCUAGUCACUGCCUUUCCUAAGAUGAAGAUUCUAACAUCAGAGAUCCAUACUGUUGCACCAAAUCAUUUCGGACAAAAAUACUUUGGCUGUACUCGUGUCGUAGUGGAGACACCAAAUGUACAAGAGAAAGAUAGUUGAGGAUAGAGUAUUAUUAGACUUCAAUUGAACUAAUUAAAUAGCAAAUUUCAUCUAUAAUAUAAUAAAUUAUAACAACUUGUGUAGAUCAAUCAGAUUAUGCAUACUAUUUUUAAUUUGAGAAAACAAAGAAUAUUUUUAGAUACUAUAUAUCAACGAGUAUAUUUUACGCUAGAAAUGUUUUUAUAUCGCUUUUGAAAGAGAGGUAUGAUAUGCUGCUUCGGAUUUGUAGGAUCUCCAUAUAUUUAAUUAUCGUAUCUACAUAUAUACUUACCUUGUUUAAUAAUAGAAGCUGGAAUUAAACAAAUUCCCUAGAACAUAUACCGCUCUGUUACAUAUCAUAUAUUUAUUGUUUUAUAAAAUACGUUAAAAAUAAAUUUUAAGGAUAUAUAAAUGAAAUCUUAAACUUGAAUCAUUGUAUUUAUUAGAUUCUUGUAUGUAUGUAACAAUGAUUGCU